AUGCGUAAUCGUGAAAUUAUUCCUAACAGCAGUAAUAGUAAUAGUAGUAAUAGUAGUAGUAAUAGUAAUGGGAGUAAUAGUAAUAGUGGUAAAAGAAAAGGAAAACCCGCCAAACAGAAACUGGUAAAUCAUACAAAUGAAGUACCUAAGCGCAAUUGCAAACCAAACAAUAAGAUUAUUAUUGGAAUAGUUAUAUCGGGAUUUGUAGUUCUAAUAGGAUUAAUCGUAUUAUUAGUUUUAUUGGCAGGAAAGAAAAAAGAUUCGGCUUCACAUAAGGCUGAUAUCUUUUCAGGGACUGGUAUGUGUGGACGUGUAGCUCGAGGACUCCAAACAUCUAAACGAAAAGAUGAAUCUCAUUAUUAUUCUUCUUAUUAUUAUGAUAAUGAUAAUAGUAAUAGUAAUGGGGGUUUUAAUCAUGAUGAGAAUACCUCAUCUACAGAGAAAACAGAGAUUUUAUCCGCCCUUGCCUUUUUACUUUCACCUGAAGAAUAUCGAGUGAAACUCAUGAGUAAAGUUAAUACGAUUUUAAGUUUUGGUACUCGUGUGGCCGGUUCCUUUUCAUCUGGACAACUGAAAACACUUAAUUUUCUCACUUCCGAGGGUCUUUGGCAAUCACCACGGAAUAAACUCUUUACUCCUUCUGCUCUUGCUGCUGUUAAUAUUACUACUACUACUACUACUACUACUACUACUACUAAUAAUAAUAAUAAUAAUAAUAAUAAUAAUAAUAAUAUUACUAUUACUUCACUACUACCGGCAUCCUAUUGGGAGUUGGAAUGGGAUAACUUUACGAGUGAUACCCCAUUUGGAACUCGAAAUUUCUCUAAUCUUGUUUUUCAUUUUAAUGGGGGUCCUGCAUUCCAGAAGCAGAAUGAUAAUAAUAAAAAUAUAGGGAAAGGAAAGAAAAAAAAUUCAAAACAACGAUCCUCAUUUGCUGCGAUAGGUGGAAAAAAACUUGGUGAUGAGAAACUUCGACAUGUUGUUCUCUCAGCUCAUUGGGAUAGUAAGUAUUAUGCUAAUAUUAACUUUUUAGGUGCCUGUGAUUCUGUUGUUCCUCUUGUAUUUCUUCUGGAAACUAUGCAACUUAUUACGGUAUUAUCAGAUACUGUUAAUAUUAUAAAUGCAGCGAUAAGAGAAGGAUCGGAUAAUAAUAAUAAUAAUGAUAAUAAUGAAGAAGAAAUAUGUUUACAAAUGUCUAAAUCUCUUUCUCCUACCUAUCUAAAUCUUUUACGUUAUUACUAUGCCGAUGAUGAGGAUACCUUAAGAUGUCUUUCUAUCUCUUCAGAGACAUCAGGAACAGGAAAAUCAGAAAGUGAAUCCCAUUCAUUCUUUAAGAAUGGUGGGAAUUGGUUACGUUUGUUAAAUCUCGUGAGGAAUCUUCCUGCGAUAUCUGUGAUUUUAUUUGAUGGUGAGGAAGCUUUUGUUUCUUGGAGUGGUACAGAUCAUACAUACGGUUCUCGUCAUUUAGCUCAAGAAUGGAAAACAACAUUAACCUCUAAUAGAUUAUCCACUUCUUCACGUUUUGAUUCUAUUGAUCUCUUUGUAUUAUAUGAUCUUAUGGGAACGGCACGUACACAAUUUCAUAAUUAUUUUCCUGAUCAAAGUGGUUUAGCGUUUUCUUUAUUAGCUAAUGUAGAGUAUUCACAUCGUAAACGGGCAGAAGAAUUACAAAAUCUUCUUCAUCAUUUACAGACUUCCAUGAGUUUUACAAGUACUUCGGGAAGUGAAUGUCCAAAGGAGGUACCAGAGCUUUGGUGUCGUCAAGGAUCACCGCAUGGGAUGUUUACAGUUGAAGAAGGGAAGUUGUCAUCCAAGACUCCUAGUAUCAUUAAUAAUAAUAUUUUCUUUCCUUUAUCGGAAAUAUCAGCACAAGGUCCAACGUUAGGGAAUCGUUUUGGAAUAGAGGAUGAUCAUAUACACUGGAUGGAAACACAACGGGUAUUACAUGUUAUUCCAAAUCCAUUCCCGUAUUCAUGGCAUAACGUUCGAGAUGAUGGGAGAGAUCUUGAUGAUGGUACGAUAGUAGAUCUUUUCCGAAUACUCUCAGAUUUUACUGUAUGUCUUGGUGAAGGUUGGAUGAAUUAA